CUGAGAGACUUUCUGCACCCCAGCAGGCAAACACACAAGUGUGCAGGGAAACAUGGCCCCCAUUGGGCGGCCGAGCGAAAAUUCUUAGACGGUGUCGGUGCGAUUGGGUCUUGUUUCGCUCGUGCGAGCACAGCCCCGGCUGCUCAAUCACCCCACGGUAAAGCGCCCGUCCGCCCUCAAAACCGAAUGCUGCAAACCUCUCACUUCCUGCGCGGCGUGAACUGGAGCUUUUUACAUGCUGCCUGCUUGUUCUUGCCGUUGAGUUGAGGCGUUCGGCUGUGCCCAGGGCAAAGGUUGACCAGCUGUUUGCUUAUAUUAACCACCCAAGUUUGUGCUCACAUUUUCUCUGAUCACGUUACACCUUGAACCGAGCGUCGCCAGUUCUCUCGCGCCCUCUCCUACAAACAACUUUAUUCCAGCCAUGUAUAAUUCCAGGUCGCCCUCUCCGGACAAAAUUGAAUCAGGGACAGGGAAUCCUAAAAAAUCCAGCGCUGAGUACUGUCGCUCCUCGUACGACAGCAACGGAUCAUACAGCACAGUACCCACCGCUUACUCAACACCCGAAUCGUGGCUGCAAAGACGUGAAGCAUUGCUUGGCUGUGUAGAAAGCUAUCAGUCUGACCGCUUGACGGACUGGGAAAAACCAAGGGACUCGGUCGAGACGUACGUUUCGACCGAUGCGUCCGAUCUCGAAGAUGAAAGCCAGGCGGCCUACGAAGUCCUGGAAUUUGAAGACGAGCACUAUCAAAGUGAUGCCAUCCCAGCGACUCCACGCGAUUUCGCGGAAUUGUUUCCUUCAUCCAGACGUCUCUCGAUACACCAUGACGAUUCGACAAUCGAUGGAAAUAUGAACUUGCGAGUCGAUACCUUGGUCGACACGGAAUGGAGCCCUCGUAAGGAAAAUCUCACCCUUUUUCAUCUCAAGAUGAACGACCUCAAAACUCGAGAAUUCUCCUUGAGGCGAUACUGCCGAGAUUCCGGACGGGAAGUCUGUAAGACAAUCCGCAAAUACCAGCCUUCAAAGCAGAUACAAACAUCUGCUCUCACCAAGUCGUUGAGCAGUGUUUUGACUCAUCUUAAGCGACACCAUGAUGAACAUUACCGUCCGAAUAUGCAACAGCUACAGCGCAAUGACUCUGGCUUCGAUGCGACCUACUCACCCACGGCUAAUGAGGACGACGACGACGCAAGCUUUGAGGAGCCCCAAGAGAACUCCAUAAAAAAGAAAUUACCCACAAAUACCAUAAAGUUGGAAUUCUCAAAUUACGCAAACGUAGAACUCAAGCGCCGUGGAGCAGGCCAGAGCAAAGGGUACCAGUUCGAAUACUGGGGUCGUGAAUACACAUGGAAACGCACUAUCAAGCGUGAAGGCGAUUCUGAAGAGGUUUCGUUCCACUUAACCAGAAGUGAUAUAUUGAAUCCGCUUGCGCAUAUUGUUCCCGUGCCCUUGACCAGACAACAGGACAAAGAAGAGAUUCUCAAGGGCGGCUGGAUCAAACCAUGCUCAAUGUGGAUUGCGGAUGUCGACGUUGUACAAGGUUCUCCCGACCUUGCAGACGUCGUUGUUGCCACUGGCCUUGUCUCGCUCGUCGACGACACAAUCAAGCGAAGGUGGCAUAGCACCAAGCAUCGUCGGGUGCUGCUCCCGCUAAUCCGUAGCAACUCCUUCCGCCUAGAUAUGGAGUACGUUGGGCCAAAACGUCUCAUCGAUGAGAUUUUUCACAGACAUCCUGUUGCAAGAACGGGAAACACGCGCAGUGCCUAAACACCACAUGUAGAUCUCAACUCGCCUAAGCUAUGACUGAUCUGUCCUGAUGCUCUUUGGAAGGAUAUGAUUUAUGUGGCAUCAUGUUACGCUUUGCCACACACCCGACUCUCUGCAUGCGAUUCAUCGAGACAGCCUCUUGUACUUUGUUGUGAUAUUUUCUGUGCAUAUUGCAUCAGCCGCAUGUUUCGGCACGCUUGGAGGGAGCUAGUAAAGCUACAAGUCCUGCCAUGACUCAUUACGAAUGUUACGAUACCCACGAGGAGGCUUGUUAUAAUGAAGUUUAUAGAGUAAUGAAGAUUCCUCUUGUGUCGAGACAAA